GGGCAUAUGCAAUGAACUGGAAAAGGAAGGGCAAGAAUUUUUCUUUCAAGACAUAAUCAAUUCGUAUCGAGCGACUGCAAAAAAUAUAUCUCGCGGAUUCGCAAUUUCGCACAUACCCCGUGCUCUCGCCGACGAGCGCAAACAAGUGGAGUUGACCUCACGCUCGGGCGCAUAAUACGCGUCAAUGUAAGGCAAUCCUUCGUGUAUGAACUCACUUUAGCCCGCCACGAUUAAUCGCUUGCAGGAAGCCAAGGGAAAAGGCGGAGAGAGAACAGAUGGAGGCAGCACUGCUGAAAAUGGCCGACUGUGAGAAGGAGGAGGCUCACAAUCUCCAAAUGGAAUUCGAAUGGGUUUUGCAUGAGGAAGUUCAUUCGUCGCUAUCGCAGUUACGCAAUAUUUUAAUGGAAUGUGCGCAACGAUUUCCAUUGACUCUCUUUGGAAACGAUCAGCAAAAUAAGACUGACAGAUUUGUAUUUGCUGGUCAUCACGACCAAGUCAAAUGUGUUGUUGUUCUUACUGGUGAUAGUAUUACAAAUGCUGAAGUUAAUUUUAAAGUUCAACGACAACAAAAUGUAAAUAUGAGAACAAGUAUACAGAAUGAUCACCCAUGGAAAUUACAGCAGAUUCAAGAUGCUGCCAACCACUUACAACAGGCAAUUGCGCACAUCGAUAAUGUUGACAGACAUUACUCAUUUAAGACUUCCGAUGAAGUUAUGCAUGUUUUAGGUAAUAUUUUAGGCUGUUUACAACGUAGUAGAACAAGUUUAAUUGUCCCCAGAAAAAAGAAUUUAGAUGAUCUCAUUAAGAGUCGCAAUAUGAAAUCUUUGAAUCCAAAUUUACCCGAAAAUUUAGCAAUUAGUUUUUAUAUUCAAAGCUACAAGCUGGUACUUGCGGUUUAUCAAUUAGAAAAUGCACAUGGCAGUGUUAAAUAUGAAACUCAGCAGGCUGAAUGUAGUGUGCCAUGGCUUAAUGAGGGACUUGUAUUACUGACAAUUGCAUUACAAUUAUGUCAAAGAUUAAAAGACAAGAUCUGUGUAUUUUCUCAAUAUAAAGACUUUACAGUAGGUUCUCGUGUUCCAUUGGUAAUGGAAUUACAAGAGUAAAAUGUUUUAUAAUUAAAUUGAUCGGAAGCCGAUAGAGUUAUUCUAAUUAAGUAAUGAUUUGGAUUUUAACAAAAGAAAGUGCAAGAGUGUACUUCGCCAAUUACGUGCCUAGUUCUAUUAUUCACUUUAUUGUAGUAAUUAUAACGCAAUACUUUGCAAAAUCUUAUAUUCUGUAUGGAACGUAAUGAAAGACUUACGUAAUUAAUUUUAUGUGCGUACGCAAUGGUAUACAAAUUGCUAUAUUAUGUAUUCUUACAUAAAAAAGUAAAUAACAAUAACUAAAAAAUAAAAAAUAAAUGAA